AUGUUUCAAAUGAAUUACGAGAAAAUAACAUCAAGGUGACGAAAACAUUAAUGUGGCGUUUCUAGAAGGCCUACAGGAUUGGUUGCCGUUUCCACGUCUUGUGAGUUACCUGGCCUCCUGUGUAAAGGACAGAGGUAUGGGUUUCAACAUCAAAUUCGUUGUUGGUCCCGUAUCUAGGGAUCUCAUCUGCCCCUUGUGUCGAGGAGUUCUGGUGGAUCCGAUGAUGAUGCAUCCUUGUCAACACACUGUUUGUUCCUCAUGUCUCAAGACCUUCAGACCCGUCCCCCAACUCCUGCAGUCGUGUCCACUCUGCAGGAGCCCGCUCUUUGAUGAGCCAUCUUUGGCCCCAGGGAAUCUCAUUGGACGUCUUCUCAAGCUGGUAGUCAAGUGCCACCGUGAAUGUGGGCAUCGAUGCGAGCUCAGUGCUCUCCCUGGCCAUGUCCUCAAUGAAUGCAAGUUCGGAACGGUCGAAUGCCUGAACAAAGUCAGAGGUUGCCAUAAAGUGAUGACACGCAAGAAGCUGAACGCGCACGUCACAGAAUGCGAAUUCCGGUUGGUGACGUGUGAGGGAUGCAAUGCGGAGAUGGUAUAUUCGCGGCUUCCUUUACAUCAGAAGCGACGACGCUGCGUUGAAGGGAAGUUGAUGACGCAGCGCGCUCGGAGCGCGGCGACUGCAUUGAAGCAAGUUCGAGAACAUCAAGAACAAGUGAGAAAGGAAGCUAUUAUCCUUGAAGGGCAAUUGACCAGACUCCGCUCCAGCAAACUCGAGGCGAGAGGGAGACUAAGGUCGGCACCACCUAGAAUAUCCCUUCUCGUCUCCGAGACCCCAUCAUCCAAGUCAAGACCGAAAUCGUCCCGAAGUUCGAUCAGUACAAUAUCCAUGUCAUCAUCGUCAACAUCAAACAAAAGUGUGAUGCCCAAUUGUCCUAAAGUUACCGUUUUCAUGACCGAUACGACGUCCUAUGAUGUGGUUCCCCUUGAUCUUAAAAAUGCAGCAUCUACAACUUCUUCAUCAUCAUCCCUUUCAUCUCCUCGGCAACCCUCGUCAGAGCACGAACAAGAGAUGAAUGAACCAAUGGAUGUUGCUUCGGAGAACAUCGGAGAUUGUCGAGAGUCCUUGUCAUCAUUAAGUGUUGUUCGUAACCGUUCGGAGAAGUCGGAGCUAUGUAAGAGAUGUGGGAAACAUUUUAAUCCAUCCAAGAACAACGAUAGAUCAUGCAGGUGGCACAGAGGAGUGAGUAUCGUCUUCAUCUUCUUCUCUCAAAUAUUUUCUUUAAAAAAUGAAACAAUUUCGUAAUGUCAUGAACAGAAGAUGUAAAAUUCAGAUCCAAGUUGCAUCGAUUCAAAGUUCAUGUUUGCUUAUUUAUUUAUUUAUAUAUUUUUUUUUUUGGGGGGGGGGUAUUGAUACAAACUAUUUUCCCUAUAUUUUAAGAAAAAUUUUGCGAUGCAAUGAACUCGAAAAUAUUUAUACAGAUUCUCCUUGCUUAUAAUGAAAAAUGAAAUAAAGAUAACGGUUGAAUCUUGAGUAGGCGCUUUUGUAUUCUUGUACAUAAUUUAUUUCGUUUGAAGUAUUGAUAUAAAUAAAUAUCAGUUUAUGUUUGCCUCUUGCUUGUCCUUCUUUCACUUGAUAAAUGUGAAUGAUUAUUAUAAAAGGAAUUUGACAAAUUAAGACGAAAUGAAACGUUUCAUUUGUUCUUUUCUACUUCAAUCAUGUUUUCUCCCCCCCUGCUUCUUUUUUUUCCAUCUUCGUCGUCAUCCCCAUCAUAAUCUUAAUAUCAUUGCAAUGCCGAUGCACGUGGAUGGUUGUGAUUCAUAUUUUGAUACUGACAUUGGUGUGUUUCUCUCGAUCUGUAACCUGUCAGAUGUUAAGUCCCAUUCAAUGUUUCUUUUUUUUUAAUUUCCUACAUCAAUUGGUAUUGCUCGUCACUGAAAAUAGCCGGUAAGUGAAAAUAUAAAUAAAUAAUACUUUCAUUUUCUUUUUAUUCUUACAUUAGGUCGUUUAUACUGACAUUGAAAACAUAUAUGGUUGCGUUUGAUUACGGAUAAGAAAAUAUACAUGUAGAUAAAUAGAGAGAGGGUGAGGGGAAAGAAAAGGGGCAGGUUAAUGCCAAGAUAAUAGGGAAGGGGGUAUGAAGCAUGUGAGGCGUUCAUCUAUACGAUAUGAAAAAAUUUUUAUCACCAAACCUUUAAGUAAAAAAUGUGAUUCAUGCAACUGCACACUCGUAAGAAUGCCAUAUUUCCAUAAUCCGUUGCAGUCAACUUUUGAUCAAAUUGAUAACAUUUUGAUAUGCUUUGCCCAGGGACGUGUCAUGUCCCUGCUUUGCCAUGUAUUAAUCUGUUCUCACACUCUUCUUUACACCCCGAUACUUUCUACGGCCAUUCUUACACCAACCUUCCCCCGUCGACGCUUGCCUGUUUAUCUUCAUCUCUUUGAAUAGAUCGUGGACUUAUUUGUGAGUAUGCAUGGUUUGUUUAAUUGCACUAUAACAUUUUCAAUGCUUAAAUUUCCUGCCACAUAAGGGUGUCGUUACAUAUUCCAAGAAACGAGAACGCAUUUUCCCUUGUAUUUUCAUAGUAUUUUAAAUGCUGGUCUACAGAUAUUCGGAUAUUAUCCACCGGCAAAAUAAUAAGGAGGAAGACAUCAAAGAGUAUAUUAUGAGGCAAAAUAUUAAAAUGAGAAAAACAGAUAUGAAUGGUGAAAAGGGUAAUAUAAUUUGAAACAAAAUAAGCAAAACAGUCAAUUUCUGAAAAUGAAUAUAAAAAUCUUGACAAAUUUUCCUUUAGCUUUGAGAACAUUAAAAAUUUAGAAAUCUUCUGUUGGAUUUCACACAACCUUCAUUGUCAUAUUUCUCUCAUUACUGCUUUGAUAAAGACCUAACAGUGAACCCCAAGAAAACCUGGUACAUGUAUUUAUGAUGUGUUUCAUUAUUAUCAUUAUCGUUUUGAUUGAUUUUUGUUUUUCUCCUUUCUUUUUUAAAAAUCUCUUCUCUGGGUGAAUACAGGGGGUAAGUAUUAUAUGUAUACACAGAUAUUUUGGCAAUAGACCCUCAUGAUUUCGAUCACAGACCAUUUUGGGGGCACCAACAGUCUAUGUGCAUGCAUUUCUAUUCCCGGAAAUCAAUGUGUGUUUUUUAAAGAGAAAUAUACUCCUCUUGAGAAAUAAAUCUACUAGAUUAUUUCUUUGCUGCUAUUCAAUUACGUUAUUAGUUCUUAUUACAUUAUAACAACAACAAUACGAUUAUUGUGGAUAUGAAUUUAUAAGGAACAUUUUUUUUCGUUGUAUUCUAUGAUGGAUUUAUCAAUGAACAUAUAUUUUCAAUAUAUAUGCAAGGGGGCAUCUUCUGACAUAUAUGCAUUAGAUUGUGCUUAAUAAAAAGAACUCACAAAAAAUCAAUAUUUCUUUUAUCCUGAGCCUAAUAAAGUUAUUUCAUCUCUCCUUUCAUGUUCUCUGGAUUUAAAUCAAACUUCUUGGAUAUCAAUGGCAUCUCGUAAAGGGGACGUGUAUGAUAUGUGGACAGCUCAACUUCAAGAGGGGCUGCGUAACAGGAUAUCAUCUCGCUGCGUCUUCGUAGAGUAUAUGGAUUAUCUUCAAUCUGGAUGCACAUACACAUUACCUAUUUACAGUUAUCCUUUUGAAAAAUCUGCCACAAUUACAUUUCAAAUCAAAUAAUAAAUGAGGAACUCUCCAUUAUAUCACCUGUACAUAACCUUUUAAAAUGAUAUAAUUAAUGAUAUAAUUUGACAGGAAGGCUCAUCCAGUCAUUUGUGCAAAAACAAAAAUCUAUGAAAUCCUGCUUGAGUGCAUCAAAGUUAAAAAUGUCACUUUAUACAGAAAUUUGAAAUGUAAUUGCAACAAAUUUAUUUUCUUAAUGAAUUUUGGGGGCAUUGAUUAUUGUAUAAAGUCCCAUGCUUCAUUGAGAUAUGUACAUCCUGACGUACAUACAUUCAUUUUACUCAAUUUCCUCAUACUCUUUUGUCAGAAUCAAUCAACAUAAAAAUGCUGCAUUUUUAUAUUAUCUAAAUAUCCCAUGUAUCUCAUCAAUGUAUAUACUAAAUAGUUUAUUUCUUGUUGUGAUAUAUUAUGGAAUUAGUUUGGUAUACCAGUAUUUGUAUGUAAAUAUUAAAGAUCUAUGAUUACUUUAAA